AUGAAGCUGAUUCGCAAGCACACACAUGAAAGAGGAAGGACACCAACUAGAGGGGCUCCACUUGACGAAUUCCAACUACCAAGUAGAGACUCAAGAACAAGAAAAUCACGUCAAGAAUUACUCCAACAGGCAGUAAACCACAGAACGUCACUCACUAGGUCUUUGACCCAAGCACCGCAUCAGAGACAGAGGGACCUUAAUUAUACCCAUAGACCUGAAUUCAAACGAUGGAGUUCAUACGAUUUACCUCCAACUAGCACCCCCUCGAAAGAGAUAAGUCCAUUCACUAUGCUUGAUGACCAGUAUAACACCAAACACCCAGUCGCAUCGAGUAUAAACUUGAGCACAGACAACUCGUUCAAAGAAUUAGAAAAACUAACACCACAGCAAUCCCCUCGCAAUUCAAGCCUUUAUGACAAAAUGUCUAAUUUUGCACAGGGAUUGGCAUCGUUCUACAGAAGAGAGUCAUCCAGCAGCGAUGAGAGGCUCAGUAUUAAAGGAGAAGAAACAGAUAACACUCAAUAUGAAAUAGACCUGGUUGAAAGUCAAGAUAGUCAGCCUGAUUUUGAGGAAAUAGUGCAUAAUCUUGCACUCAAAUCAUCAGAAACCUACACCACCAAACUUAAUCGAACACAACAAAAGUUAAUAGAUUUUAAAGAUCUUUACCAAAAUGAGCAACCAGACCAACCUGUGAUCAAUUACGACUGGAAGGUUCAGCACGAAAUCAUUCUGGCACAAUACACGACAAUCAGACUACGAUUUUCGUCUCGGCAAGCUAGUAAGAAACAAAUUGAAUCUGAUAUCGGUGUUUUGGGAUAUAUAAAGCGACACCACAAUCAGGAUUCUCUAUCACAUAAAGCCUCCUCAGGCAACACCGAUCUCCAGCUCAAGCAAAUCUGGGAUGAUGCAAAUUCUAUAUUUAGUGAAUAG